GCAAGUUCUCCGUUACUUAUUACGUGUGUGAAGUGAAGUAGUGAGAGAGAGAAGGCAAAAAUGGAGUCUCUGCUAAUUGUGAAAACUUCAUCUUCUCUUUCGUUUCCGCUUAAAUCUCACUUGUCGUCUUCAUAUUCACAUCAAACAACACAAGUUUCAAAGUGCAAAGCAUUGAAUGGCGGAGAAAAGCCCUGGCCGUUGCCCAUGCGAUUGCAGAGACCAUUAGCGACACUAGAGCAUGUUGGAAGCAGUGAUGGAAGUAUUAUUAACUUAAGACAUAGAGAAGGGUUUUCGGUGAAUGCAGCAGCUUCAGAUCAUCCUCUUGAAUCUGAGCCAUCCAACAGCCCUUCGAAGUCAGUUCAGGGGGUUUUGGAUGCUUUCUACAGAUUUUCGCGGCCUCAUACGGUUAUAGGAACAGCACUGAGCAUACUUUCAGUUUCUCUUCUUGCAGUUGAGAAGCUCUCAGAUAUUUCUCCAUUAUUUUUCACUGGGACGCUUGAGGCCAUUGUUGCUGCCCUCUUUAUGAAUAUAUACAUAGUUGGUUUGAAUCAGUUGUCUGAUAUUGAAAUAGACAAGGUGAACAAACCAUAUCUUCCAUUAGCAUCAGGCGAAUAUUCGGUGAAAACUGGCAUAAUGAUCGUUUCAUCUUUUGCUGUUAUGAGUUUUUGGCUUGCAAGUGCUGUUGGUUCUUGGCCGUUGUUUUGGGCUCUUUUCAUCAGCUUUGGACUUGGAACUGCCUAUUCAAUCGAUCUACCACUCCUCAGGUGGAAGAGAUUCGCUUUGGUUGCUGCGAUGUGCAUCCUUGCUGUGCGAGCUGUCAUUGUUCAGAUAGCAUUCUAUUUGCAUAUACAGACUCAUGUUUAUGGAAGACCGGUUGCCUUUUCGAAACCUGUAAUGUUUGCAACAGCAUUCAUGAGCUUCUUCUCGGUUGUUAUUGCAUUAUUUAAGGACAUUCCUGAUAUUGCUGGUGACAAGAUCUUCGGAAUUCGAUCUUUUACUGUUCGAUUGGGCCAAGAAAGGGUCUUCUGGAUUUGUAUUUCACUACUUCAAAUGGCUUACCUGGUCGCCAUAGUGGUUGGAGCAUCCUCCUCCUGUACCUGGAGCAAAUAUUUGACGGUUAUUGGUCAUGCUGCCUUGGCCUUGAUACUUUGGACUCGUGCUAAAACAAUUGACUUAAGCAGAAAAGAAGCAAUCACAUCCUUCUACAUGUUCAUAUGGAAGCUCUUCUACGCUGAGUACCUACUGAUACCAUUCGUGAGGUGAGCUUGGAAACCGCCAUUAGAAUUUGGCUCGCCGCAAGAUGCUUAGUGUGUUAGACUGUUAGGUUGAUCUUGCUUGUAAAUUCUGUUAUUAGAACACCCAAAGGUGUGUGCUUUUUGUCAACUUCAUCGUUUCCAUCUUCACAAUUUGAUUUGGCUCUCAAUUUGGAUAAGGUGUUAUGUUAUGAACAAAUUAAAUAUUGGUCU